GCAAUGGCUUCUCUUGAUUCUGAGGUGAAGGAAGAGUGUCUGAGGGAAGACCUGAAGUUCUACUUCAUGAGUCCCUGUGAGAAAUACCGAGCCAGACGCCAAGUCCCAUGGAAACUGGGCUUGCAGAUUUUGAAGAUAGUCAUGGUAACCACACAGCUUGUUUGGUUUGGCUUAAGUAACCAGUUGGUGGUGGCCUUCAAAGAAGAUAACACUGUUGCGUUCAAGCAUUUGUUUUUGAAAGGAUUUUCUGGAGCUGAUGAAGACGACUACAGCUGCAGCAUAUACACUCAGGAGGACGCCUAUGAGAGCAUCUUUUUUGCUAUAAAGCAGUAUCGUCAUCUAAAGAACAUUUCCCUGGCGACCCUUGGUUAUGGAGAAAGUGGAGACAAUAGAACUGGCUUGAGAUUCUGUAAGCAGCAUUACAAGACAGGGGCCAUGUUUUCUUCUAAUGAGACCCUGAGCAUUGACAGUGACAUUGAGACAGACUGCAUUCACCUGGACCUCCAGGUGCUCACCAAGGAACCCGAGGACUGGGCACAGACAUCUUUCUUCAGGCUGGAUUUUUAUCGGCUCCUGAAAGCUGAUAUCUCCUUUGCCCUCAAAGGAAUUGACCUACAGGCAGUUCAUUCCCGAGAGGUACCGGACUGUUACCUCUUUCAGAAUACGAUUACCUUCGACAACACAGCCCACAGUGGGAAAAUCAAAAUCUAUCUCAACAGCGAGGCCAACAUAGAAGAAUGUAAAAACAUGAACAUAUCUGGGUCUAUUCAGAGAAGCACUCACUAUGUCCUGGUGUUUGAUGUGUUUGUCAUUAUGAUCUGCCUGGCCUCCCUUAUCCUGUGCACAAGAUCCAUUGUUCUUGCUCUGAGGCUGAGGAAGAGAUUUCUAAACUUCUUCCUGGAGAAGUACAAGCAACAUGUAUGUGAUGCUGACCAGUGGGAGUUCAUCAACGGAUGGUAUGUCCUGGUCACCAUCAGCGACCUCAUGACAAUAAUAGGAUCCAUACUGAAGAUGGAGAUCAAAGCCAAGAACCUCACGAACUACGACCUGUGCAGCAUCUUGCUCGGGACGUCGACACUCUUUGUCUGGGUUGGAGUCAUCAGAUAUCUGGGUUACUUUCAGACGUACAAUGUGCUCAUCUUAACCAUGCAGGCCUCACUGCCCAAAGUCCUGCGGUUCUGCGCUUGCGCUGGCAUGAUCUACCUGGGGUACACGUUCUGUGGCUGGAUUGUCCUAGGACCGUACCAUGAGAAGUUUGAAAACCUGAACAUAGUUGCUGAAUGCCUGUUUUCUCUGGUCAACGGUGAUGACAUGUUUGCCACGUUUGCUCAGAUCCAGCAGAAGAGCAUCCUGGUGUGGCUGUUCAGCCGGCUCUACCUGUAUUCCUUUAUCAGCCUAUUUAUAUACAUGGUCCUCAGUCUUUUCAUUGCGCUGAUCACCGAUUCUUACCACACCAUUAAGAAAUACCAGCAGAAUGGGUUUCCCGAAACGGAUCUGCAGAAGUUCCUGAAGGGGAGCAGUAGCAAAGAUGGGUACCAGAAGGAGCCCUCGGCCUUGCUGUCCUGUUUCUGCUGUCUGAGGAGGAGAAGAAGCAAUGACCACUUGAUUCUCAUUGAUUAAAACCCUUGGCUAAUGCCGGUCAAGUCCAGACCCUUUCAGGCUGUGGCCCUACAGAGAGAUCCCAGAGGCAGCAGCAGUUCACUCAAAGAUUGUCCUACUGAGUGGUGGAACCAGAAGGAGGUGUGUCCAUGAGCUGCUGACCGGAAAUGACAUUCCCAAGUUACUUUUUAUAGACAUGGAGUGUGAAGAGCAAGCCUCUCCUGGGAGUUAACAUGAAGCCAGUGUGACAACAAUAUUAAUCAGAAGUCUGGUCAUUUGUGACAUCAUAGCGUUGAGCUGUAAAAAAAUGUAUUCCCAUUUCAGAGUGUGUAAGCAUUAUUUAAAACCAGGUAAAAAUGUAUGCUUAUUGCCAGAAAAAGAUUUGUUUCAAAUUGUGAGCCUCGGAUUUGAAGACGUUGGUUAACUCCUGGUCUGCACAGAAAUAAACUUGGCUUCAAUACCAAAUUAAGACUUGAAUCUGGAGAACUGAUAAGCCAUGUAAGGCUCACACUCAAACAUUAACAGAGAGAUGUCUAGAAGAACUCAGAUCCUAGCGGGCUGUACUGUGACCUUGCUUCUUCAGCAAGCAUGACACACAGUGUCUGUUAGCACAGUCAGCGGGAUGAAAGAGCAUCUGGCUGUCCCCUCAGGUGAGCUUUCCCUGGACUGUACACAUGAUGAGUGAGUUGCCCUAAGCUGGGAGUGACCACCUAUUAUUCAUGAGUCACUUCCACUGUGGUGGGGAUUUGCCGUUGUCAUG